CCACGCCCCGCCGGAACCAUCAUGUUCCCCGAGCGGACGUUCGGGAGUCUCACUCCCAGAUCGACCGCGGUCCAGCCAGGACACUCUGUCAUCUCGGCCCGUGCACUGAGUAAAGAACCAUGUCAGCCAAAGCCAUCCGGGAAGCAACGGGGAAGGACCUGAUCAACAAGCACCUUCCCGCCGGAACCGCAGCCGUCAAGAGCAGCUUCGCCUCUGUCGAUGAGGGAACCAACUGGGAUGAACUCCUCCUGAAAGAGCCAUGGCUGAAGACUCAGAAACUCGUGGCCAAGCCUGACCAGCUGAUCAAGCGCCGUGGAAAGCUGGGACUCAUCAACGUUAACACAGAUUUUGCUGGGGCCAAGCAAUGGAUUUCUCAGCGCAUGGGGAAAGACCAACUGGUUGGAAAGGCUACCGGCAAGCUGCGCAGCUUCAUCAUCGAACCAUUCCUGCCGCACAAGGCUGAUGAAGAAGCUUACGUUUGCAUCUAUUCUCAUCGCCAUGCCGACACAAUUCUUUUCCACCAUGAAGGUGGUGUUGAUAUUGGUGAUGUUGAUGCUAAAGCAAGCCGCCUUGACAUCCCUGUCGGCGAACCCAGUGCUGCCACUGCCGCAAAUAUCACCACCAAGCUUCUGACAAAGCUCCCUGCUGCCAAACAGCCAAUGGUGGCCAAAUUCAUUGAAUCUCUCUACCUUAUGUACACGGAUCUGUACUUCACUUACUUAGAAAUUAAUCCUUUAGUUGUCACUGCUGACAAAAUUUACAUUCUUGAUCUCGCCGCCAAGCUUGACGCCACAGCUGAUUUCAUUUGCCGAUCCAAGUGGGGAGAGAUUGACUACCCACCUCCAUUUGGACGUGAUGCUCUCCCUGAGGAGGCUUACAUUGCUGACCUUGACGCCAAGAGUGGAGCAUCUUUGAAGCUUACAAUUUUGAACAAGAAGGGUCGUAUCUGGACCAUGGUUGCAGGAGGUGGAGCAUCUGUGAUUUACAGUGACACAAUUUGUGAUUUUGGUGGGGCAUCUGAACUUGCUAACUACGGAGAGUACAGUGGAGCUCCAUCUGAGCAGCAGACUUACGAGUAUGCCAAGACCAUCCUGUCCCUCAUGACCCAGGAGAAACAUCCCCAGGGCAAGGUCUUGAUCAUGGGUGGAGGAAUCGCAAACUUCACCAAUGUAGCUGCUACAUUCAAGGGAAUUGUGACAGCUCUUCUUGAGUUCCAACCAAAACUUGUUGAGCACAACAUUUCUCUGUUUGUGCGACGUGCUGGUCCUAACUACCAGGAGGGUUUGAGGCGUCUGCGUGAGGUUGGUCAGAGCCUUGGCAUCCCUCUCCACGUGUUCGGCCCCGAGACUCACAUGACAGCCAUCGUUGGUAUGGCUCUGGGCAAGACACCCGUUCCUAGGCACUCUGAGGUUGAAUUCACCACAGCCAACUUCCUGCUCCCCGGUGGCCAAGAGGAAUCCCCUCUUCCCUCCAGAAGAGAAUCAUCCGCCUCUGCCCCCCAAUUGGGCCGAGUCCCAUCAAGGGAUACCACCAUGUCUGCCAGUGCUGCUGCUGCCUUCAAGCCCAUGGUCCACAACAAGACCAAGUCUAUUGUUUGGGGUAUGCAGACCCGUGCUGUCCAGAGUGUUCUGGACUUCGACUUUGUCUGCAGUAGGCCAGAACCCAGUGUUGUUGCUAUGGUGUACCCAUUCACUGGUGAUCACAAGCAGAAGUUCUACUGGGGUCACAAAGAAAUUCUCAUCCCUGUGUACAAGAAAAUGGGAGAUGCUGUUGCAAAGCACCCAGCUGCUGACGUUCUUGUCAACUUUGCAUCCCUGCGUUCUGCCUAUGAAAGCACUGUUGAAGCCAUGAGCUUCCCUCAGUUCAAAACUAUUGCGAUCAUUGCGGAAGGUAUUCCUGAAAACCAGACUCGUCAGCUUAUCAAGAUGGCCAAUGAGAAGAAGGUUUCAAUUAUCGGCCCAGCUACUGUUGGUGGUAUCAAACCAGGCUGCUUCAAAAUUGGUAACACUGGUGGUAUGAUGGACAACAUUCUUCAUUCAAAACUGUACCGUCCUGGCAGUGUUGCAUAUGUUUCUCGUUCUGGCGGUAUGUCCAACGAGCUGAACAACAUCAUUUCAAAGGCAACCAAUGGUGUAUUUGAAGGUGUUGCUAUUGGUGGUGACCGUUACCCAGGCACUACUUUCAUGGACCACAUUAUGAGGUAUCAAGCUGACCCCGCUGUCAAAAUGAUCGUUCUUUUGGGUGAAGUUGGUGGCAUUGAAGAAUAUGAAGUGUGCGAAGCUUUGAAAUCUGGUCGUAUUUCCAAGCCUCUUGUUGCUUGGUGCAUUGGUACUUGCGCUGGAAUGUUCACCUCUGAAGUGCAGUUUGGUCAUGCUGGUUCAUGUGCAAACUCUGAUCGUGAAACUGCAACAGCCAAGAAUGCUGCUCUGAAGGCGGCUGGAGCUUUCGUUCCCAGCUCCUUUGACUCCCUUGGAGUGGAGAUUCAUGGGGUUUAUGCUCAGCUUGUUGCUGAUGGUAGCAUUGUCCCUGAACCAGAAAGGCCCGCACCAACUGUUCCCAUGGACUACUCUUGGGCACGAGAACUCGGACUUAUCCGUAAGCCAGCCUCGUUCAUGACUAGCAUUUGCGAUGAAAGAGGACAGGAGCUGUUAUAUGCUGGCAUGCCAAUCAGUGAUGUUUUGAAGCAGAACAUGGGAAUUGGUGGAGUGGUCUCCCUGUUGUGGUUCCAGCGCAGCCUCCCUCCCUAUGUGUGCAAGUUCUUUGAAAUGUGUCUCAUGGUUACUGCUGAUCAUGGACCUGCUGUUUCUGGUGCCCACAACACAAUUGUCUGUGCACGAGCUGGCAAGGAUCUUGUAUCUUCUUUAGUUUCUGGACUUCUGACCAUUGGUGAUAGAUUUGGUGGUGCUUUGGAUGGUGCUGCCAAGCAGUUCAGUGAAGCUUAUGACUCUGGUGCUAUUCCCAUGGAAUUUGUCAAUGACAUGAGGAAGAAGGGCAAGCUGAUUAUGGGCAUUGGCCACAGAGUGAAAUCAGUCAACAACCCUGACAAGCGUGUGCAGAUCAUCAAGGAGUUUGUUCUGGAGCACUUCCCUGCAACACCCCUUCUUCAUUACGCCCUGGAGGUUGAGAAGCUUACCACAUCCAAAAAGCCAAACCUCAUCCUCAAUGUUGAUGGUGUUAUUGCUGUUUCUUUCGUUGAUCUUCUUCGUCAUUCAGGCUGCUUCACAAGGGAGGAAGCUCAGGAAUAUGUUGAAAUGGGUUCAAUCAACAGUUUGUUUGUCCUUGGGCGCAGCAUUGGUUUCAUUGGUCACUACAUGGAUCAGAAGAGAUUGAAACAGGGGCUGUACCGUCACCCAUGGGAUGACAUUUCCUACAUUCUACCUGAACAGUACAAUUGA